UCCAUGGAGAUACCAUGACCAGCUGAAUAGUUUACAGAGAAAAUAAAUGCUAAGUAGAAGAGGCAGAGAACAAGGGAGAAAAUUAGCAUCAAAGCUGCUUGGAUAAAAAACUUUAACAUGCCUCGUAGCCCUACAUCAAGUGAAGAUGAAAUGGCACAAAGCUUCUCUGACUAUUCUGUUGAGUCUGAAUCAGACAGCUCUAAAGAAGAAACUAUUUAUGACACAAUUAGAGCAACUGCAGAAAAGCCAAGUAGCAGAAUGGAAGACAGUCAGAGCAACACUUUAGUGAUUCGAAUUAUCAUACCUGACCUGCAGCAAACGAAAUGCAUUCGAUUUAACCCAGAAGCUUCAGUGUGGGUUGCAAAACAGCGGAUUUUGUGCACUUUGAACCAGAGUUUGAAAGAUGUCCUGAAUUAUGGACUGUUCCAGCCUGCAAGCAAUGGGAGAGAUGGGAAGUUUUUGGAUGAGGAGAGACUUCUGAGGGAAUACCCACAGCCAGUCAAUAAAGGAGUUCCUUCACUUGAGUUUCGCUACAAGAAAAGAGUGUACAGACAGUUCAACCUCGAUGAAAAGCAGCUGGCCAAACUUCACACCAAGGCUAAUUUGAAAAAAUUUAUGGAUCAUGUCCACCAUCUCUCUGUGGAAAAAAUGACCAAGAUGUUGGACCGAGGACUGGACCCAAACUAUCAUGACUUAGAAAGCGGAGAAACACCCCUAACUUUGGCAGCUCAGCUUGACAAUACAGUAGAAGUGAUAAAAGCCCUGAAAAAUGGAGGAGCACAUUUAGACUUCAGAGCCAAAGAUGGAAUGACAGCUCUGCACAAAGCAGCCAGAGCCAAGAACCAAGUAGCCCUCAAGACCCUUUUAGAGCUGGGAGCAUCUCCCAACUACAAGGACAGCUGUGGCCUGACCCCGCUGUACCACACAGCUGUGGUGGGAGGGGACCCUUUCUGCUGUGAGCUCUUACUCCAUGAACAUGCUACAGUCAGCUGCAAGGAUGAAAACGGAUGGCAAGAAAUUCAUCAGGCUUGCAGGUAUGGACAUGUCCAACACCUGGAGCACCUCCUAUUCUACGGCGCUGACAUGUGCGCGCAGAACGCCUCAGGGAACACGGCCCUGCACAUCUGUGCCCUCUACAACCAGGAGAGCUGUGCAAGGGUGCUGCUGUUCCGGGGAGCCAACAAGGAGAUCAAGAAUUACAACAGCCAGUCCCCAUUUCAGGUGGCUAUAAUAGCGGGAAAUUUUGAGCUUGCUGAAUACAUCAAGAAUCACAGGGAAGCUGAUAUUGGAUCCAGCUUCCCAUAUCCAAGUAGAAGUCCCUGGAAUCCGUUGCUGUCAGUGCCCUUUAGGGAGGCUCCCACCUACUCCAACAGGAGGAGGAGGCCUCCCAGCACCUUGGCAGCCCCCCGGAUCCUGCUCCGCUCCAACAGCGACAACAACCUGAACAUCAACAACCUCCCUGAGUGGUCAGCCUCCUCUUCUGCCUCUUCACACCGCAGCCUUUCCCCUCACCUGCUCCAACAGAUGCAGAAUAAUCCCAAUGGAACUGUAAAAACUGUGGGGAGUUACGCUCCAUCCUCCAGGAGCCGCUCGCCGUCCCUCAACAGGCUGGGAGAGGAUGCCAAGAGGCAGCAGCACAGGCACAUCAGUGCCGUUUACAGUCCCAGUGCCAACAAGGAUACUCUGUCUGCCUUGGAUUAUCAGGGUCCCAAAAGGAAGCUCUACAGCGCUGUCCCUGGGAGACUUUUUAUCGUUGUAAAGCCAUAUCAGCCUCAAGGGGAAGGGGAAAUUCACCUGCACAAAGGAGAUAGAGUCAAAGUGCUGAGCAUCGGAGAAGGUGGAUUCUGGGAAGGCAGCACCCGGGGACAUAUUGGCUGGUUUCCUGCAGAGUGUGUGGAAGAAGUUCAGUGCAAACCAAAUGAAAGCAAACCAGAAACACGAACAGAUAGAACAAAGAAGCUGUUUAGACACUACACUGUUGGAUCCUAUGACAGCUUUGAUGCUUCAAGUGACUGCAUAAUAGAAGAAAAGGCAGUGGUCCUGCAGAAAAAAGACAAUGAAGGAUUUGGAUUUGUGCUCAGAGGGGCAAAAGCUGACACACCAAUUGAAGAAUUCACCCCAACUCCAGCCUUUCCUGCUUUGCAGUACUUGGAAUCUGUGGAUGAAGGGGGAGUAGCAUGGCAAGCUGGCCUGAGAACUGGAGACUUUUUGAUCGAGGUUAACAAUGAGAACGUAGUGAAAGUUGGCCACAGGCAGGUGGUGAACAUGAUUCGACAGGGGGGAAAUCACCUCGUGCUGAAGGUUGUCACAGUUACCAGGAAUCUUGAUCCAGAUGACACAGCAAGGAAGAAAGCCCCACCACCUCCUAAGCGAGCUCCAACCACUGCACUGACCCUGCGCUCUAAGUCCAUGACCUCAGAGCUUGAAGAGCUUGCUUCAGUACGGAAGAAGAAGGAUGUCACUGGGGAGCAAGAUGGGGAGGUUCCUGGAUCCUCGGGGCAAGCCAGCCAUCACCGAGGGAGCUCGCUGUCCACGCCGGCCGAAGAACAGGAAUCCUCGGUGCCUGCCUCUGAUGAAGACUCGCCAGCCAGGACCACAGAGAGCUGGCAGUGGCCGCUGUCCUCAUCUGAAACGCACAGCAACGUUGGGGAGGAUUUUGAGGGAUUUCAAACGCCGGCGCGGACUCCAGAGUGCACCAUGGACAUACAGUCUCCCGGGGAUCAGUCACUCAAUAAGGUGGAUGAAAUAGUGCCAGUUUCCAAGCCAUCAAGAAUUGCAGACAAUGCAACUGUGGACUCCAGAGUGGCAACUAUAAAACAGCGGCCUUCUAGUAGAUGUUUUCCCUCAGCUACAGAUAUGAAUUCCAUGUAUGAGAGACAGGGUAUUGCUGUGAUGACGCCCACUGUCCCAGGGAGCCCUCAAGGUCCUUUUCUGGGUAUACCUCGGGGUACAAUGAGAAGACAAAAAUCUAUAGGAAUAACGGAGGAAGAGCGGCAGUUUCUGGCCCCUCCUAUGCUGAAGUUUACCAGGAGUCUUUCAAUGCCCGACACCUCUGAAGAUAUCCCACCGCCACCACAGUCCUUACCUCCCUCACCACCACCACCUUCCCCCUCUCUGUACAACUCCCCCAAAUCCCUGACAUCCCGGAGCUAUGGAACAAUAAAACCUCCAUUUAACCAGAAUUCAGGUGCAAAAAUCUCUUUGGUUAGGCCCGAGAGCGUGGGUACCAUGAUAAGGGACAAAGGGAUCUAUUACCGGCGGGAGCUGGACCGAUACUCCCUGGACUCAGAAGACCUGUACAACCGGAGUGCCGCAGCUCAGGCCAACUUCAGGAGCAAGAGGGGCCAGAUGCCCGAAAACCCCUAUUCCGAGGUUGGGAAGAUCGCCAGCAAAGCCGUUUAUGUGCCGGCCAAGCCAGCCAGGAGGAAGGGGAUGCUGGUGAAACAAUCCAACGUGGAGGACAGUCCAGAAAAGACCUGCUCUAUUCCAAUCCCAACCAUCAUCGUCAAAGAGCCAUCUACCAGCAGCAGCGGGAAAAGCAGCCAAGGGAGCAGCAUGGAGAUCGAUCCUCAGUCUUCGGAGCAGCCCGGACAGCUCCGGCCUGAUGACAGCUUGGGAGUCAGCAGUCCAUUCGCAGCAGCCAUCGCAGGGGCCGUGAGGGACAGGGAAAAGAGGCUGGAGGCGAGGCGCAAUUCCCCGGCCUUCCUCUCCACAGACCUGGGAGAUGAGGACGUUGGAUUAACCCCACCAACACCGCGGAUGAGGCAGUCCAAGUUCACUGAGGAGGCCAUGUUCAGUAGUGAGGAUGGUUUCAGACAGCUCAUGUCGCCAUCUCCGAUCCCCGCCCCCAGGGAGCCCGAAAACCUUUUUAACAGCAGCGAGCCCAGCAACCAGAGUGACUCAAGGACAUUGAAUGCUCCGUCCAAAACGAAAGGCACUGACAACAGUAUGGUGGCAGCCAAGCCCACGAGCGCUCCCAGCUCGGAUAGCUACGUCCACCCGGUCACAGGGAAGCUGUUGGAUCCAAACUCUCCACUUGCCCUCGCGCUCUCUGCCAGGGACAGAGCCAUGAAAGAGCAGACACAGCAGAUUCCAGGCAAAGGGGACGCAGUCAAAACCGACCUUAACAAACCGCUUUACAUCGACACCAAGCUGAGACCCAACAUGGAAACGACUUUUCCUGUUACUGCCACUGUCACCAGGCAAAAUACCCGCGGCCUGUUGAGACGGCAGGAGACUGAGAACAAGUACGAGAUGGAUGCAGGGAAAGAAAAGAAAGCUGAGGAGAAGAAGAACAUGUUGAUAAACAUUGUGGAUACCUCACAGCAAAAAUCAGCUGGCUUGUUGAUGGUGCACACGGUGGAUACGGCAAAGUCAGAUGAUAUGCCCGAGGAUGAGGAGGAAAAGGGAGCUGAGAUGGAGCCGAGCCCUGAAAACUCCCCGCCGGAGAGGCCAGAGGGCAGCGAGGAAGCGGAGAGCGAGCUGAGCGUCCCUGCCGCGCCCGAGCCCCCGGCUUCUCCCUGCAAAACCAUCGUGGCCGCCAGUUCUGUGGACGACCCCGUCAUCCUGCCUUUCCGCAUCCCCCCGCCGCCCCUGGCCUCAGUGGACAUCGACGAGGAGUUCCUGUUCACCGAGCCGCUGCCCCCUCCCUUGGAGUUUGCCAACAGCUUUGACAUCCCCGACGACCGUGCGGCGCCCGGCUCGGCACUGACAGACCUGAUAGCACAGAGGAAGAACGGCACCCCUUCGCCCAGCCAGCCAGCAAACUCCUUGGACAGCAAAAAGCAAGCGGGUCUCUCAAACUGUUUGCCUGCCUCUUUCCUGCCACCCCCCGACAGCUUUGACAAUGUCACCGACUCUGGCAUCGAGGAGGUCGACAGUCGGAGCAGCAGUGACCAUCACCUAGAGACAACCAGCACUAUCUCAACGGUGUCCAGCAUCUCUACCUUAUCCUCGGAAGGGGGGGAGAACGUGGAUACUUGUACAGUCUAUGCAGAUGGGCAAACAUUUCUGGUGGACAAACCCCCAGUACCUCCUAAGCCAAAAAUGAAGCCCAUAAUCAACAAAAGCAAUGCACUUUACAAGGAUGCGCUGAUCGAGGAAACUGUAGACAGCUUUGUGAUCCCUCCUCCCGCUCCGCCCCCGCCUCCCAUCAGUGCCCCGCCCAACCUGGCAAAAGUGGUCCCCCAAAGGACAUCCAAGCUAUGGGGGGACGUGCCAGAGGUGAAAAGCCCGAUUCUCUCAGGCCCCAAGGCUAAUGUCAUUAGUGAAUUGAACUCAAUACUCCAGCAAAUGAACAGAGAGAAAUCCUCAAAGCCAGGGGAGGGAUUGGAGUCGCCGACUGGAACGAAAACUGCGAGUCUCAGUACAAGGAGCACGGAAGUCAUGAGUACUGUCUCAGGUACACGAAGUACAACAAUCACUUUCACUGUCCGACCCGGAGCCAGCCAGCCGAUCACACUGCAGAGCAGGUCCCCAGACUAUGACAGCAGGACCUCAGGAGCAAGGCAUGCUCCCAGCCCUGUGGUUUCACCAACAGAGAUUAAUAAAGACAUCCUGCCUGCUCCUCUGACUGCUUCUGCUUCAGCUUCAUCUCCUUCUCCAACUCUGUCCGAUGUAUUUAGCCUACCCAGCCAGCCCCCUUCUGGGGACUUAUUUGGCUUGACCACAGGGCGCAGCAGGUCUCCUUCUCCCUCAAUAUUACAACAGCCAAUCUCAAAUAAGCCUUUUACAACUAAGCCUGUCCACCUGUGGACUAAACCAGAUGUGGCAGAUUGGUUGGAAAGUCUAAACUUAGGUGAACAUAAAGAAACAUUUAUGGACAAUGAAAUAGAUGGCACACAUUUACCAAAUCUACAGAAGGAAGAUCUGAUAGACCUUGGAGUGACUAGAGUUGGGCACAGAAUGAACAUAGAAAGAGCUUUGAAGCAGCUGCUGGACAGAUAAGAAUAGCUAUUUUGCCUCACAAACUUCUGUUGAUAACUAGAGAUGGGCUGGUACUGACAUACCCCAAAUGCCUUGUCUGUCUGUGAGUGCCAGCAAAAUUGGGGGGGGAGGGGGA